AUGAGUGUUAAAGCUUUCAAGCUCGUUUCUGCUGUUGAGCGGGAGAUGUUAAUGGGAGACAAAAAUUACAUCAACAUCGAAUGCAUUGAGUGUUGUGGAAAGAACCUCUACAUUGGAACCAAUGACUGCUUUAUCUAUCACUUUCUAUUGGACGAAAAGAUAUCAUCAGCUGGAAAAAUAACUUUUGCUGCCACCAAGCAACUACAUAAAUACCUGGGCUUGAAGAAGCCUGUGAGUGAGCUGAAAGCAGCCUCUGCCCUCACCAGGCUUCUUGUGCUUUGCGACAACACAAUAACACUAGUUAACAUGAUGAACCUGGAACCUGUCCCCACUGGCGCUCGAAUCAAAGGAGCCGUGACAUUCACAUUAAAUGAAAACCCCGUGAGUGGGGAUCCUUUCUGUGUCGAAGUCUGCAUUAUCUCGGUCAAGCGACGGACCAUCCAAAUGUUCAUGGUGUUUGAAGACAGAGUCCAGAUAGUGAAGGAAGUGUUUACUCCAGAGCAACCCUGUGCUGUGGCUGUAGAUGGUUAUUACUUGUGUCUUGCGCUUACUACGCAGUAUAUCAUUUUGAAUUAUAAUACUGGAGUCUCCCAGGAUCUAUUUCCUUACUGCAGUGAUGAGAAACGGCCAAUUGUGAAAAGGAUAGGCAGACAAGAGUUUCUGUUGGCUGGCCCUGGAGGCCUAGGCAUGUUUGCAACUGUAGAUGGCAUUUCACAGCGUGCCCCUGUGCACUGGUCGGAGAACGUGAUUGGAGCAGCUUUGUGCUUUCCUUAUGUGGUUGCUCUUGAUGAUGAGUUCAUUACAGUGCACAGCAUGCUGGACCAGCAGCAAAAGCAAACCCUGCCUUUUAAAGAAGGUCACAUUCUACAGGACUUUGAAGGAAAGGUGAUUGUUGCUACUAAUAAGGGAGUGUAUAUCUUGGUGCCACUACCUUUGGAAAAACAGAUUCAGGAUCUUCUAGCUAGCCACAGAGUGGAAGAAGCCCUUGUUCUAGCAAAAGGAGCUCGAAGGAAUAUUCCAAAAGAGAAAUUUCAGGUAAUGUACAAACGAAUCCUCCAGCAGGCAGGUUUUAUACAGUUUGCACAGCUUCAGUUCCUUGAAGCAAAAGAACUCUUCAGAAGCGGCCAGCUUGAUGUCCGGGAGCUGAUCUCUCUCUACCCCUUCCUGUUGCCUACUUCCUCUUCAUUUAUACGGUCUCAUCCCCCUCUGCAUGAGUACGCGGACCUAAACCAGCUGACCCAAGGGGACCAGGAAAAGAUGACAAAAUGCAAACGGUUCCUCAUGAGUUACUUGAAUGAAGUCCGCAGCACUGAGGUGGCAAAUGGCUACAAGGAAGAUAUUGACACAGCUUUACUCAAGCUAUAUGCAGAGGCAAAUCAUGAAAGCCUGCUGGAUCUGCUAGUUUCGGAGAACUUUUGUCUCUUAACAGAUAGUGCUGCCUGGCUGGAAAAACACAAAAAGUAUUUUGCACUUGGUCUCCUGUAUCACUACAAUGGUCAGGAUGCUGCAGCACUUCAGUUAUGGGUGAAAAUAGUUGAUGGAGACAUUGAAGACUCUACACGUUCAGAUCUCUAUGAAUACAUAGUAGACUUCCUUACAUUCUGCUCAGACCAAGAUCUAGUGUGGAAAUACUUUGAGUGGGUUUUACAGAAAAAUGAAGAGGUUGGUGUACAGAUUUUCACUAAAAGGCCUUUGGAAGAACAGGAGAAAACCAACAUGAAUUCAGAUGAUAUCAUCAGUUGCCUUAACAAAUAUCCUAAAGCACGUAUUAAGUAUCUAGAACAUCUAGUACUGGAAAGGAAGAUAGAGAAGGAAAAGUACCAUACUCAUCUAGCUGUCCUGUACUUGGAGGCAAUACUUCAGCUAAAAUCUGGGACCACAGAUAAUUGUACAGAAACAACUGAACUGCUGCUUAAACUACGCAGUCUUCUUCAGAAAUCUGAUCUUUAUAGAAUUCACUUUAUUUUGGACAAAAUCCAGGGCACAGACCUUCAUAUGGAAAGUGCAAUUUUAUAUGGAAAGCUAGAAGAACACGAGAAGGCUUUGCAUAUCCUUGUCCAUGAGUUAAAGGACUACCAUGCUGCUGAAGAAUACUGUAUAUGGAACUCUGAGAACAGAGACAUGCAGUACAGACGGAGGCUAUUCCAUAUGUUGCUGUCAGUGUAUCUAAAUCCAGGCACUUCGGACUGUGCACUAGUCAUGGCUGCUGUGGACCUCUUGAAUAACCACGCUGCUGAAUUUGAUGCGGGUCUAGUUUUGCAGGUGGUGCCUGACAGCUGGUCAGUGCAGCUCCUCUCCCCGUUCCUGGCUGGAGCAGUGAGGCAAAGCAUUCAUACAAAAAGAAUGACUCAGGCUGCACUUGGCUUAGCACAAGCUGAAAACUUAAUCUACAAACACGAGAAGGUUAAACAAAGAGGAACUCCAAUUCUUCUUUCAGACAAAAAGGUCUGUCAGGUGUGCCAAAAUCCUUUCUGCGAGCCUGUAUUUGUAAGAUACCCAAAUGGGGGUAUGGUGCACACACACUGUGCUGCAAACAGACAUCUGAAUUCAAACAUGACUCAUCACUCUUCCAGCUCCAGCAAUCAGACUUGA